AUGGAGAAGCUCCGCCGAGAAGCGAAGAGUGUCAACAGGGGUCCCGCUCUGCGCAGCCGCGUGAAGAUCAAGAGCGAGGCAGGGGAAGCGUGGGGUCUCUCCCCGCGCGGCUGGGGAGAGGUGCAGUCGGCACUCCGCGCGGCAGAAACGUCGCCAUCUGGCCCGGAGCCUGGCCAAUUGAAUUCUGAAGAGCGGGGUAACCUGGGGCUUGGCGGCGACCGCAGAACGGCCCCCUCGCCGCUGCAGUUGGCAGAUACUCCCGCAAGGUCGGCGGGCGCAGCUGAGCUGCGUCAUUCGCAACAGGGGCGGUGGGGGGCUCUGUGGUCACAGACACAUGAAUAUGAGCCGCUGCCCCCCCCGCUUGAACCUCCCGCACUGCAUCCGCCACCAUAUUCCCCGCGCGGUCAGCCGCGGAGCCUUGGCCGCGACUACCCCCGCGCGCAGAACUAUUCCUCCGCCCACGACGUCCGCCAGAGCCAGCCGACUGAGGACGGGGCGGGGAGGGCUCCCUGCGACGAGACUCCCAACGGCCCGCGUGAGCCCCGCGGCCCCGACGCGGAGGUGACGGCCGCGGCGACCGCUGAUGGGGGGACCGCUGCCGCGGGGAGCGUUUUUCCGGCGACCUCUGAGGAGAGCGGUAGCGGCGGUCGCGGCGCUGAAGAUCCCGCUGAUAAUCCUCCCACCGCCGCCGCGACUCAUGCACGCAGGGGACGCGGGUCGAGAUCCUCGACGCUGCGGGGACCGACCCCGCUCCUGACGCGCCGGCUCGGCAUUCGACGCGACGAGUAA